AUGCUACUUGAUGCCUGGUGGGGUCUGCGAAGGUCCGAUUAGCAGCCUUGGCAUAGACGUUUAAACUAGCGGCUGCUACUUGUAGACGGAUCCUCCGUUAGUCUUUGGUCUGAGAGAGGAGUCUGCUGCGAGAGAUGGCUGAGGCAGAAGCAGCACCCCCCGUCGAGGCGGCACCGGAACCUGAACCUGCACCUGUGGAACACUUCCCACCACCCCCGCCAAAGGAGCCAAGAAGGAAGCUGGUUUUCAGGCACUGGAUUCGACCAACAUUCCUUAACUACCACUACAUCUAUGACUACAGACACAACUACUACGAUGAUGUCAUUGACUACCUGGAUCGCAGACAACACGGGUUGACAAGAGAAAUGCCUCGCGCUCAAACAUGGGCGGAGAGAGCGUUACGAACCUACACCUUCAAACCCAACCCUAACCAGUAUGUGUACUACACGGCGUUCAAGAAGGAACGUCACUACAGCUACAAGGUGGCUCACACCUACAGGGCUGAGCACACAGAGGACUUCUUUAGAAGGAAGUACAAGUCAGUACUGUAUCAUUGAGUAACAUCACUUACAAGGAAAAUUGAAAGAUCGCUCACCACGGGAGUGAUUGAACCGCUCUGCACAAGCAUUUCACCUUCCUCGUCUCCGCUCGGCCCCCAGUGAACCCUCAGAAAAGUUUCUCCGGAGAAAAACUUUUUUUGAUUAGACUAGAAAAAUAUUGAUGUUUUGACUAAAUUUUUACAAGGCCAAGAACUAAUAAAGUGCACAAUCUAUUAAAGGCCUUUAAGUAACACGGAUAAAAAAUUUACUUUCAAUAAGCAUGUAUUAGAUCUAAUACUUGAAAUAAAUAUUUAUUUUUUUUCAA